AUGGCUGUGACACCGGAUCCGUUGACCUCGACCGACGACUCGGUGUCCUUUUACUGGAACGCUGAUAAAAUCACAGAUAGGUUUUACAUAUACAUGUACUUCGCCGAAGUGGUCGAAUUGCCAGUGACACAAACAAGGGGAUUCAACAUUUAUGCUAAUGAUAACCUCUUUUAUGGACCUAUGUCUCCCAACUAUUUGUUGACGUCGAUGGUGUACACAGUGUCUCCGGGAUCUGGUGUCGAGAGGUACCAUGUUGUCAUUAAUAAAACUGUGACAUCAACUCUUCCGCCACCCAUUAAUGCUGUCGAAGUUUAUAAAGAGAUAAAGCAGGACAACAAGAAAAUAUAUCAACUCUUCAUUUGUGGUGUGGAGUGA